AUGAGGUGCACGGACCAUGGGAAAAUCGCUUCUGUUUCUUCCGACUUGGUUGACCGCGUAUCCUCCCUAUUCGACUAUCAGACCAUUGUCAAUCUCGGGCUACUUCUCAGCUGGAUUGAGGGUCGUAUCAUUGACCUUUGGUUUCGCCACUUCUUUUUCUCCAGCUCCCAGCAACUUCAGUUCACUCCCCUGAGUGUCGGAAUCGAACGCCGCAUGUCUGUCCUCCGCAACAGCCGGACUGCCGCCGUGCAGGUCCGUGGAUUUGCUACCUCCUCCAGCCUGCGAGUUGGGCCCGAGUCUCCUCAUUUCAUCGACGUUCCAAAGAUCAUUCAACCCACCAACCCCAGCAAACCUCAUGUCAGAGGUACUCUACCUGUGCCUCGCGAGCUCUUCCCGGCCCGCCGAACGGACAAGCCCGGGCAACAAUAUCUCGAUGCCGCUACACCACUUCCCCAGUCGGAGCGCACAGUGAGCCCCAACAGCAGCGAUCCUGAGAAGCAGGCUUGGAAGCACAAGAUGGCGAACUUGCGGAGACAGAACCUGCGGGAAGGUCUUCAAGACCUGUAUUCGCGCAAGAAGUCCUCAGAGCGCAGGAUGGUCAGCCGCAGUCUCGAUAAUCAGAAGCGGCGGGACCGCAUUCUUAGGCAACCCAUGCGUGAGGACGAGCUCCUUACUCGUCCCACGACCGUCGAGGCAAUGCGGCCCCGCAAACAGCCCGUCCUGCCGGACCCCAACCGUGAGAAACGCCUUGCGCUCUCCCAGGCGCGUCUGGAAGCCAAGCAGGCAGAGAAGGAGGCUGAGCGGAGGGACUACCUUCAGUCUUUGUAUAUGAAUGCUCGCAACUUUAUCACGACCGAGGAGCAGCUUGCUGCUGAAAUCGACCGGGUCUUCCCUGAGGGAGAGAACGAGGCCUGGCGUAACGACCACCAGCCCGGUGAGAACAUCUGGAACCUGGGUAACCCCCCGACUAUCAACGGCCUUCUCAACAGAACCCGUAGCAACGAGUCUGCGCGCUGGGAUAUCGGCCAGGAACGAGUUAAGAAGCUUGCUGAGGUCAUCACUGGGGGCAAGAUUUGA